GCCAACUUUCUCUUCUGUUUUUGCUUCAGCUGCGUCCAUUCUCGCCGGCCAUUCCAACUGCGAUGUGGCAGCAUAUGCCCUAAUUUACUCAGUCUGGCUUCCUAUCGCCGCCCUCCCCCCUCUUCGCGAACCAGUCUUCGAGGUCCCUCGUGCCCCCCACCAGACUACACCCCCUCCUCUCCGCUGAACCUACACCCAGCCCAGCCUGACCACAAGAACUCGGUCUUGCAUCCCCGCGUUGCCGUGCUGCUGGGUGUGGAAAGACAUUGGCAUUUCCCCCUCUUGUUCUGCCGCGGCUUGAGCACAGCUCCUUCAGCAUGGUGGGGUCUACGAUGUGCGUUGACGUUCAUGGGAGAACUCCUGCUGGAUGAGAGUAAAGAAGAGAUUGGGGCCCCGUGGAGUGUGGAGAGGAGAUUCAGGGUGACCGAAGUGUUCUUGGCUGUGUUAUGGUGCCUAUGUAGCGGAUAUCUCUCCUUCUACUUCACUGAUUGCCUUAUGUCUCGUUGGCUUUUGAACUACACACCACAAGCAACCCUCGUCCGUCUUCUUACUAUAAACUCCAUGAAUGCCUACAUCACUUCCUGGGUUCUUUAUCUGUCUGGUGGCUCAGAGGACCCACGCCUACUAUUGCCAGCUUGGAUCAGCAUUGCAACCACUCUGACCUUCCUGUACCAUAUCACGCAUCCACGGUUAGCUAUACUGAAGGAGACUUCUCUCUCAAUAUCGGUGUUUUCUAUAGCAAGCUUCAUAAGCAUGGUCAGCCUGUUGCUGCAGCUGCAUCUAACGAGGGCGAAUGAUCCCCCAGUGCCGUUAUUUAUGAUUCUGAAACAGUGUUGGGAGUAUGUCAAGGUCGCGGUAGGAAUGAUCGGGAUAGGGGGCAGAGCUCUUUAAAGAAGAUAGAGAAAGCAUACAUCAACCGAGAGCACCAAAAC